UAUACGAUACGAAUCCUGCAGAUCAGGAGCCGCGCAGGACGACCUGUGCCGCGUCAGGUAUUCGACCCACCGCUUCUCUCUCCCUGAGGAUAAUAGACACACAAAUAGCAGUCACGGCAGAUGGUUGACCCACCAGCCCUGUUGUUUUCCACUGGCCUGUGCACGCGUUAUUGCAUAUUCCGUAUCCACGAAGGAGUCAAUCAAGCGCAGAGAGGGCGUCUGAUAUCAAACGAGCAUCUUCGUGUAUCUUCGUGUAUUAAUGCAAAUCGGUGCAGUGUAUGUAUGUGUUUUUGUGUCUCUGUGUGUGUUGUCGCGAGUUGUUCACACAAUCGUACACGUUCACACAAACACACACAAAUACCUAUCCAACCGCUCACCCACCCCACCCACACGCGCGCGCGAAACACACACACACAAACACGUGGCCACGAGGCACGUGUGCGCGCGUGCUGGUAUAUACGUACACGUACGUGUGCACGUCCCACACACAUAAGUCUCUCUAUUGGUGGUGGCCUGGUACACCGGGCAUUCAGUAGUAUAUAAGGGCAUCUCUCUUCGCACGGUCACGCAUUAACCGCAGGGAGUCACCGCGUGAUACACCGCACACUGGACGAGAGACGGGUGCAGGCAGCAGCUCUCACGGUGCAGGAUUAUCCGCCGAUCAUACUUGGUGUGACCGUCAGCGCGCGACAGCACACACUCUUUGCCGCCCCUACGACGCUUCUUCGCGCGAGUCACGCUCUCGCGCGAGAACACCACCACCUUCCGAAUCUUAUAUAACGGUCGUCGUACGCUCGCACGCGUUCGCACAUCACAUCCUUUGCACGGAACACCGGUGACUUCAGACUAGAACCGGCUCUCUCGUGUCUCGCUGCGCGAUCGCUCGCGAGUACGUAGGUUUCCGCGACGGGAGACACACGUCGGGUCUCUUAUCGUUACACCGCGCCUGAUUUCGAGACCUCGAUCCUUGAGAUCUCUCCCCAAGGGAAGGAUCGUCGUGCGAAGGAUCGUCACGCAAGGGAGAUCCGUGCAGGAAGUAACCGCGCGGGAGGCACGGCGGGGGUGAAAGUAUCGAGAUAAUCGAACACGGUACCUGUUGAUCUUCAACGUUCAAAAUGUUCGUCGACGCCUCGUCCGUCCUGACGAACUCCUGGAUCACUACGUUGCUGUUUUUCUCCGUACUGUCGGCUAUACUGGUGUUGCUGAUGCAACGUGGGAAAUUUCUGUACGCCCUGAGGAACGUGCCGUAUCCUACCGCGCUGCCCAUCAUCGGCAACGCGUAUCAACUCAACUGCUCGACAGAAGAGUUCUUCAAGAAGUUGGUAAAGUGGGCUGAGCAAUUCGGCGACAUUUAUUUGCUUUGGGUCGGCAUGCGACCUUUCAUCUUCCUCUACAAAGCUGAGGCGGUGCAAUCCUUGCUGAAGAGCAGUAUUCAUAUCGAUAAAAGUCUCGAGUAUGAAUACCUGAAGCCAUGGUUGGGUACCGGUCUGGUGACCGGCAACGGUGAGAAGUGGCACAAUCACAGGAAGCUACUGUCAUCGACCUUUCACAGUCGCCUUCUCAACGAUUAUUUAAAGAUAGUUGUGAGAGAAGCGAAUGUUUUGAUUUCCUGUUUGAAGGAUGAAAACGGCAAACCUGAGUUUAACAUGGUCCCAUACGCAAAACGCGCAACUCUUGACAUUAUCUGUGAUAGCGCUAUGGGUAUCCUGCUCGAUGGACAAACUAAUUAUAAUAAUGAAUAUGUUAUUGCUGUAGAUAGGGUUGCUUCUAUAAUGCAAAUGAGGUUCACGAACAUUUGGAUCUCUUACGAUCCAAUUUUUAAGAUGACAAAGUUGGGGAAAGAACAUGACUCUGCCCUUCACACUAUCAACGAAUUUGUUGGGAAGGUUAUCGCAGAUAGAAAAACAGAAUGGUUAUCGAAGCGCGACGGAAACUUUAAUGAACCAACGACGAAGAAACAAGCUCUCCUAGAUCUGCUCCUGGAGAUGUCCCAUAAGCAUACCGAUUUCACUGAUAAAGAUAUUCGCGAUGAAGUGAACACUUUUAUGUAUGCUGGACACGAUACGACUGCUACCAGCGUCACUUGGACGCUUUACGCGCUUGGACGACAUCCCGAAUAUCAAAAAAAAAUUGUGGACGAAUUCGAGAAAGUAAUAGGUACGGAGGAGAUUACCUUAGAUAACUUGAGUAAACUGAUAUGGUUGGACGCUUGUAUAAAAGAGCAGUGGAGAUUAUACGCGGUCGCUCCGCUCAUUGCUAGGCAAAUUUAUAAACCAAUCGAAAUAAUGGGCAAUAUAAUUCCUCCUGGCUCAACUGUUCUCAUAAACUCCUACUUGCUGCAUCGCAACUCCUCUUACUUUUCCGAUCCGCACGUUUAUCGACCGGAACGAUUCUUACCAGAUAGCCCCAAGAUACCUAGAUUUGCCUUCAUCCCCUUUAGCGCUGGUUCGCGCAACUGCAUCGGCUGGAAAUUUGCCACCAUCAUAGUCAAGGUAAUCGUUCUGUCGGUGCUCAGGUCUUAUCACGUGGAAGCACUUGAUAGGGAAGAUCAGUUGCGCUUCAUAUCCGAAUUAGUGUUAGUCAACGCAGGCGGGAUUCGUCUCAAAAUCACAUCGCGCGAUCAACACACAAAUUUGUCUUAAACAAUGGAGUUGUCAUAUAAAAAAUUUUGUACAAGUCAUAAGUGAUGCGUCGAAACAAUGAAUCGAUGACAUCGUUUUGAUAACGUUUUCUGACUGGAAAAGUUAUCUCAUGGACUGAAAAUAAAAACAUGUUUAUAUUUAAAAACAAAGUCUCCUUUAAAUUUCUGAAGUGUUUAUAUAUAAAAAAACCUAUUUAGCUCAUUUUAUAUCAUAUUUAGAGACAUCAUUAAAGUGUUAUUAAUAUGUCAUUUAAUAUGUAUGUAAUCCUGCUAUUUGAAUUCCUUAAAAUAGAAACGUGUUUUUAUUUAUGUAAGUAUGUUCCUCUUGUCACUCUAUGUAUAAAAGUAUUAAAAUAAAAUCAACGUUUAGUUGAUUUUUUGAAAUUUUUUUCUUUUUUCAUCAGAAUAUCUCAAAAUAAAAUGUAAAAUAUUCCGCAAGGUAUUCACUUAUAGAUAACUUUUUAUCUUUGUACUUUCAUACAUAAUUUGAUAAGAAGAUGUAUGGAUUGACGAGAAAAAUAAUAACGUAAAUUAAGGUGGCGAUUUUAAAUAUCUUACCCUGUAUAAUUAUACACAUCUAAUUUUGUAAAAUCAUUUUAUUAAGUCCUAAUAAACAGCAAGUAUUAGUUACAUAAUAUACGGUAUUAGGUAACGGUUAUAUUGUUGUGUGAGACAUAACAUCGAUGUUAUCCCAGCGAGAAAUUACUCGUCGAUUGACGAAACAAUGUCGAAACAAUGUCGAAUUGACGUAGAAAUCGUAUCAAAUGGACGUCGAUUAAACAUUAUUUCGACAUCGAUUGACGACUCAUUUCUCGCUGAGAUAUUACUGGUACUAAAUAUUUAUUGAUUCACUUUAUUAAUACAUUAUAUUACAUUAUAUAAACGUAUAAUCGUUUAAUGUAAUUAAUGAAAUAAUUUUACAAAAUUGGUUGUGUAUAAUUUGUGUGUAUAAUUAUUAUUUUACAUUUUAAUUAUAUAGUACUAUAGUUAAAUAUAUUUUUUUUAUGAACAAUAUUCUUUAAGUUUUGAUAGACAAGAUUGUAGAUUAUAAAAGUUUACAAGCUAAAUAAAUAUUUAUAAUAAUAAUUUAA